AUGAAGCUUGGAAUAUAUGAAGUAGGAUUAAUUCCAUAGAUUAAUAAACAAUAGUUUUAAGAACUUAAAUAAUUUUAAUAAUGGCAAUAUCUAGGAAAAAAUCUAAUAGCAACAUUUUUUAUUGCUUUGUUAGAUUAUUUUAUUGCAAAUAAUAAAUCAUAAGCAAUUGAAUAAUUGGCUAAACCAAAAAGAAGUUAUAAAAAAGAAUACAAUUAACAAAUAGCUUAAUAAAUUUAUAAUCUGAGAAUUAAAAAUAUUAAUACAAAAGAAUUUUUCAAUUUUCUCUAAAAUAUUGAUAACAAUAAUUAAAAAGGACAAUAACUUUUAGAAGAAUUUUGUGAUCUGUAAGAUUUAAAAUACUCUAUUAAUAAUGAAAAAUUAACAAUAGAUAGCAUAGCAAAAUGUUUUUCAAUUUAAGUACUUUUAAUUGGACAGUAUUCCUUAGGUUAUGCUAGUAAGUCAAAAAUAUUCAUUAUAUAGCACCUGGAAGGUUUUUAUUUAAUUAAAUAAACAAGUCCUUUGAUUUAGUAUAUUAAUCAACCAAAUUAAAAAUGCUAAUUAUGCUCCAGAAUAGUUAAUGAUUAUUUUAUAAAUUGUUAUUGUCUUCACAUAUUUUGCAAAAAAUGUUUGACUGAUAAAGUAAAAAAGGGAAAUUAAAACUUGAUUGCUAAUUGUCUUUAUGGUUGUAGAGAAAAAAUAAUGAUAAAAGAUAUUGAUUAAUAUUUAAAUGAUGAACUUAAGAUAGAAGUACAAAAAUAACAAAAGAAUUAAUAACUUAGUUUAUAGAAAUCAUAAUAAUUUACUAAUGAUAAUCCAAAAGAUUAUGAAUCUAUUACAGAAGAUUUAGAUAAGAAUUAAAAAUCCAUUUAAGUUAAAUAUAAUAAAUUUAUUGAUUAAACAUAAUAAUAAUGUCAUUAUUGUUAUCAUACAUCUACAAACUAACUAUAUAUUAAUAAGUAAUGCAACCAUAGAUUUUGUAUAGAUUGCUUUAAAUAACGAAUUACAUAAAAAGGAUAAAAGUGUGUAGUUGAUGGUUGUGAUAAAAUAAUUGAUGAUUUUUUAUUUUCUUAAAGGGAGUAAUUAGAAGAGGAUAAAUAUAAAAAUUAAAAGGUUGUUUAAACUUAAAAAUAAUAAUUACCAAAAUGUAGUAAAUGUAGCAAUGAAACUACUUAUUCUAGUUUAUAUAAUGAUAAAAAGUGUAAGCAUUUCAUUUGUUUUACUUGUAUUCAUUAACAUGUUUAAAAGUUAAUAUAGAAUUAGCCAAAUCAUUAAAUUUUUACAUGUCCUUUAUGUAAUAAUAAAUAUGGAAGAGAUUUUGAAACAUUUUAUUAUCAAUAAUAAAUAAGUUUGAUUGAAGAGAGAAUGAAAUUUGAAGAAUAAUCCUAGAAAGAAAAAGAGGAAAAAGAACUUAAAGAAUCUUAAACUCUUCAAUAACAAUAAUAAUAAUAAUAAUAAUAAUAAUAAUAAUAAUAAUAAUCAAUUUAAUCUUAAAAAGUGGAGAAAUAUCCUUCAAGAUUUAUUAGUUACCAAUAAUAAUAAUUAUUAGAUCAAAAUGAAAAAUAGCAUAAUUCUUAAUCAGCUAAUGAUAAUCUUUUAUAGUAAAAUUAAGAUAACUAGAUUUAAAAAGAAUAUAUUGAAUAAGGUGAAUGCACAAUGUGUUUUACUAACUUUUCAGAAUAUAAUUUAAGAUAAGAAGUUGAUUGUACAUUACAUAAAAUAGGUGUUUGUUGUUCUAUUAAAUUUCUAAAGUGUCCAUAGUGUGAAUAAAAAAAAGUGUAUUCUUAAAUUAUAAGAGUAAAACGUAAUAUUUAAAUCAUAAUUAGCAAAAUUGAUUUUAUAAACAUUCACCUAAAAAGUGGAAUUGAUGAGUCAGUCUAGUAUUUAUAACUCUUCAAAUAUCUAAUAUAAUUAUGGGAAUUUAGAUGAUUAUUCUAGAUUGAAUUCUCGAGUCAAUGUUGGUUAAAGUCAAAUCAAACCUUAAUAAAGAAAUAGCACUAUGGAUGCCAAUGUUUUCAGAAGUCAGGCUCCUUAAAGUAAAGUGGUUGGUACUUAUGUAGCAGGAUACAAAUAUUGA